GAGGACUCUCUCAGUUACAUUAGACACUCAACCCCAUGUCAAUCUCGUACUUGCCUCAGAAUAAGGCAAGUUUUUUACAUCAUAAGUUGAUCAGCCUUGCCCCAUUUUAUUGUUGGGUUUUGGCAGGACCCUUUGGGUCAAGGAUCUGCAGCGGAACGUCAUCCCGCACACUGUGCAAGAGUGGAUCUCAGCCCAAACUUAUCGCAGGAAGGAUCGCAACUCCAGCAAGAGCUCUUUCCUCACGUCAAUUGACUUUCAACCAUUUGGCACUUCUUCUUCCAGACGGCCGGGUUCCUUUCCUGCGCUUUACAGACAUUUCAACUGGGCUAAGCAUUCCAAUUGUUCUCGUAGCCGUUCUGUUCUGCCCACUCUUCCUUACAUACUCGCCAUGCUUCGAACACAAUUGCUCCGACAACUGGCUCGAGCUGCAAGAGCUCCGUCGGAGCCAAUUACCGCCAGAUCAAGGCCAUCAACAUGUUCCCAGCGAUUGAUUCACAGUUCUACACCUCUCCAACGAGACGAAAAGAAAGACGAGAUUCAUGAGGGGUCAUUCGCCCGGACCGAUUCUUCCGUACAAGUCGAAUAUCCAGAGGAAGGUGACCUCCCAUCUAGUGCUCCUGUGCAAGGAAGAGGAGGUCUUCAUUUCAAGCGGACACUGGCAUCCUUUUCUCUCGAAGGUCGUGUUGGUGUAGUGACGGGUGGCGCUCGUGGACUUGGGUUGGUCAUGUCUCAAGCAAUGGUUAUCAGCGGGGCAGAUGUCGCCAUUGUGGAUUUGAAUAAGGAGGAAGCGGAAAAGCAAGCGGAAGGGCUUGUGGCGUCGUUCGUGAGGGAAAAUCCAGGAGCUGAGAAAGUUCCCAAAGUUACCGCACAUUACGCAGAUGUCUCAUCACAAGAAUCAGUCGAAGCCGCUAUCGCCGAAAUCAUCGAGCAGCAUGGAAAGAUUGACAACUUAGUUACAUCGGCGGGAUUUACAGAGAACUUUGAGGCAAUCAAUUAUCCAAUUGAACGAGUUCGAAAACUUUGGGGUGUCAAUGUGGAUGGGACAUACCUGUUCGCGAUUGCAGUUGCAAAGCACUUGAUGGAACGGAAAGCUCCAGGGAGCAUGGUCUUUAUUGGUAGCAUGUCCGGAGCGAUUGUCAAUGUGCCACAACCGCAAGCUCCAUAUAACGCUGCCAAAGCAGCUGUACGGCAUUUGGCUUCAAGUUUGGCUGUUGAAUGGGCUCAUGCUGGAAUCAGAGUUAAUUGUAUCUCGCCAGGAUACAUGCUGACGGCGCUGACCAAAAAAAUCCUCGAUGACAACCCGGACUUGAAGAAACAGUGGACUUCCCUCAUCCCCCAAGGUAAAAUGGGCCAGCCAGAGGACCUGAUGGGUGCUGUGACCUUCUUGUCAUCUGACGCCUCGUCCUACGUUACAGGUGCUGAUUUGCGUGUAGAUGGAGGCUACACCAUCACAUAAAUUCUUGGUGCAUUUUGAGUAACGAUGAAAAGGCAGAAUUGGCAGAGCAUGUAGAUUUUCGAAUGGCUUGAGGCUAGCAUGGUAGCAUUUAGUUUUAACGACGAGUAUCUCUCUAUAUCCGAAAAUGAUGAAGCUACAGGC